AUGACCGAGCCAAGAGUUUUUGGUACUCAUAUUCCACUCCCUUCCCUGCCCAAGUCAAUCAUGGAGUCCAACUGUAAGAUAAUUUACAUUUGCAGAAAUCCAUUUGACACUUUUGUUUCAUCUUGGUCCUUCUUCAAUAACAUCAAGUCAAAGUCUUUACCUGAAGUAACAAUAGAGGAAGCAUUACAAAUGUACUGCAAGGGAAUAAUUGGGUUUGGUCCGAUUUGGGACCAUAUGUUAGGUUACUGGAAAGAAAGCAUAGCUACACCAAACAAGGUUCUAUUCGUGAAGUAUGAACAACUUCAAGAAGAUGUCAAAUUUUAUGUGAAAAGAGUUGCAGAAUACUUGGAUUGUCCUUUCACGGAAGAAGAGGAAAGUAAUGGAGGGAUUGAAAGCAUAAUUAAGUUAUGUAGUUUCGAGAAAAUGAAAGAUUUGGAAGUGAAUAAAUCUGGAACAGUGGGCAGGAACAUUGAGAAAAAAUACUUAUUUCGAAAGGGUGAAAUAGGAGAUUGGAUCGACUAUUUUUCUCCAGCUAUGAUAGAAAUGUUGUCUAAAAGAAUUGAAGAAAAGUUAAGUGGAUCAGAGGCAUCAUGA